AUGGAUCGGAGUUCCAGUGCAACAGGCGGGAGCAUCGACCCCGGAGUGGGAAUAUGGACGCACGGUCUGGCCUGUCUCGAGAGCCUCGGCGUUCUCCGGCAAUUGGAGUCGGAAGGAAGGUACAUGGGCGAAGCCGGGUAUAGGGACACCACCGGAAAUUGGCUGGCAAUCCCUACCCGACCCCUCCAAGAGUGGGGCGCGGCACCAAUGCGGCGAGGGGAGCAUUGUUCGGACGAGUCCGGCGGCAAGGGCGAAGACGGUAGGCUAGGCGGCGAAGGGGGGGGAGGAGGCGCGAGUGUACUCUUCGUUCGGGAGUCCAAGCUCAUGGAGAUGUGGUUCGCAACCGUGGAGGACGGGCUCGUCGGCGCCGAUGGGGGCCCCGCGGACAAGGAUCAGCACCCCCCUUCCUGCGGCGGCGAAGGCGAAGGCGAAGGCGAAAGAAAACGUAAGAACAAGAGUUUCUUGCUGGAGACGUUUGGGGGCUGGCACGCGCCGGUGGGCAGCCUUCUCCGCGCCACGGCGGAACGCUCCAUCACGCGGGAGGACGCCAGGGCCAUGAGUCGGCGGGGGCUCCGUGAUAUCACUGCCGCCGCCGGUGCCGCCCGACGGCGAUCUCGAGGAGGAGGAGGAGGAGGAGGCGUUGUGCUUGUCGGGGAUUCGGCGCAUACGCUCGAUCCCGUUCUUGCCCAGGGUGCCGGGGUGGCUCUCGAGGACGCUUUCUUUCUCGCGCAGCACCUGAAAGACUUCAACGGCAGGCAGAACAAGAAGUCGGCCGCUGUGACAGCGGGAGAGGCAGGGGACAGGCUCGAAGAAGCACUCUCGCGGUACGACGAGGAACGCUUGCAGAGGGCUCUUCUGCUGUCCGUCCUCUCGGAUGUGUCUCAGGCCUUGGGGCAGCUUCGACGGCCGGAGUGGCUCGUUCGGGCGCGAGACUCUACCCUCGCUCGAUACAUCCCGGCGGCGCUGAGCUCAAGAAUUUUCGACGGGCUUAUGGCGGCGUCUUUGGCGGGGGGGCUGGCGGGGGGUGCGCGGGCGGCGACGGCGGCUGCUGUUGGUUUCGGCGAGAAGCGGCGGUUUGGUGGCUAUAGGGUGCCGAAGCUGUGGUAGGUUCCCGCUUCUUAACGUUUUACGCGGUGGAACGAUUCUGGCAGCUUCAAGCAUCUUCUAUUCGCCUUAACGCGGAGUUGAUUGACAGGUUCCCGCUUCCCCAGUCUUUGCGUUUUCCGGUGGAACCGUUCUGGCAGCUUUGAGAAUCUUCGAUACGCUUUGACGCCGAAUUGAUGUUGGCGUACUUUGUGAGUCCAGCAGCCUCGUGCACGAAGCGUAAGGUUAAAAGGGGUUGGACUCUUCGACGUAGUACGGUAUUUAGAAUACAUCUAGUAUUUUUUUUUCGCGCUCCAUCGAAAGUGUGACGAGCUUUGCCGCGUUGCGCUUGUCGCAGAAUGAAGUAAGGUAACAGUUAAUCGUUGCACCGUCGAGGAAUGUUUCCCUGGCAAAGAGGCAAGGCCGCACGUCAAGUAGAGACUGCGAGCGGUGGCCAGCUACCGGACGGCGAAGAGAGACUAAUAAUAGUGUCACCAUCAUCGCUGAGUCGAUUCUUGGCACAUCUCAAGGUAGUGACGAUAGAAGAGAAGGAAACCUCGUGUUACAACUGUUUUCCGGGGUGCUGUGAAAAGAAGGGAUCGUCCGUUGGAACGAUUGUACCCUUCACGAACAGGAUCUCCAUAAAGCAGCCCCCCCCUAGAGUCUUCUUGGUUGCUAGGCAAGAAGGCUUCGAAGGGUAACGGGUGACUUAGGGAUGUCAUUUGAAGAAACUGGAGGUUGUCAGUUGUUGGUUUGGUUGCACCCAACCGUUCGGAGACAUGGGUCGCCAGACACGAGGGCGGGUACCGAGAGUCACUUCUAGUUUCUCGCAAACGUCCAAGACGGAUGUGGACUGACUGUGGAACCCUCGUCCAAAUCGAGGUUUGUUUUAUGAGGAGCCAGCCCUCUUGUUGGUCUCCUAACCUCAAUAGAUGUAAGAUCGCAGGUUACACAAACGCGCAUUUAUUGAGGACUGACCUCAAUGAGGAAGUCAUGUCAUCGUCGAGGCCACGCCGCAUUUCUCUCUCUUACACGUUACAAGCGAACGGACCAUAGACGACCUUGAAACUGCCGCAUGGCUAUGUGUCCUACUUUAUUCCACAGCACUAUCCAAAGCAACGUACUAGACAAAGUAGAUCUCUACGGUAGCUUGAACAACAAAAACUCGAUACUGACAUGCCACUACCCUCUUGCCGCUGUGAAUGAUAGCAGCCUCUAAUAUGACAACGCCGUCACAACGUUUUCCUGGAACAUCAAAGACACGAGAAACUUCACAAUUGAACCGACCAGACGAUACAGGUCGAUACUAUACUCCGACUGCAACCUAGCGCGAACGCUUUGGUCCAGACCCAUCUUACACACAUGAAAUAAAACUAGCAAAAAACAGCAGAGGGAUAUGGAUUGUUCCAGCGAAGUCGGGUGACAAACACAUUCAUGUUGCCUCAUGCUUCUCACUACUUAGCCGGCCUAAUCCCUACCGGAAUUUCUACAACAAACAAUACCAGGUACUUCACAAGGACCGCAUCCAUCAAUCAAACUACAAGGACGCCUUAUCCGCGGGGGGCAAGAACUAGCACUACGGGCAUGCACAUCACCACUAUUAUAGGUAAAUACGAACACACUGAACCCAGCAAUCAACAACAUACGAGGACACCGCCUCCGCGCGGCCGUUUGACACACAUGCACUACCAUGAGCACCUACACCACCAUCGCGUUAAACACGAACACGCGCAAACUUUGAAUCCAGCACCAAUCCAAGAAGUGCCUCCGUGUUGCCGUUUGACACUGGCAGGUAUGCAACACCAGCACGGGCAUGGACACCACCAUGUCGUCUGAGACAGAACACACUGAACCCAGCAAUAAAACUUACCAGGACACCGCCUCGGUGCCUUACGAUAUGAAUCACGAUGGUCAUCGACGCUACUGCUGUGGCCUUCAAGACGAACACACACACCGAAUCCUGCAAACCAGGUACCAGGGUACCUCCGUUUGACACGGGCGUGUAAAACCACCAUGGACAUGGGACAUGGACAACACCACCAUGGGGGCAAAGACGAACACAUGACGACUAAACACCUAUGACAAGAACCGUCAGCCCCCAAGUCUCCUUGACGCAUACUCCUAUACAUCGCUACGUCUUUGCCACACGAACAAAGGAGGAGGAUGGAGGAGGGGUCGGAAGAGACCUCCUCCCUUCCCCUCCCCCCCGCCUCCAUAGGAUAGGGAGAACACUCUUAGCAGCAACCCUUGGCGAAGUAGGAAGGAACGAUUGGCCAUCGGUGAUUCGGUCCUGUGGGAACAAUGCUCCGUCCUCUCGAGGACGUGUGGUCAAUGGUCUAACCGCCGCUAAGGCA